AUGCCUAGCAGUCGUGAUAUCGAGCGCGCGGAACGCAACGGACGCUACAAGGCCUUGCGCAGGAAGGACAGCCUAAGCAGCAGCACGAGCAGCCUCGGCAUCGGCAGCAGCAGCGGCAAGCGCCGCCGGCAUGGCAAAGGCUCCGGCAAGAAGAAGAAGAAGCGCUCGCGGCAGGACGACAAAUACGAGCUGAGCCAGACGAGCAGCAGCAGGAAGCCGCUGGUCGAGUACUCGGACGUGUCGAGCGAGGAUCUGUCGGAGCCCGAGGCCGGUGAGAUCCAGUCGGAGGACGGCGCCAACAGCUACACCGACGGCGAGCCGGGCCCGGCCCGCGGCAUCCUCGGCGCCGGCUACUAUGCCGCCGGUGGUCCGGCGGCCGACACCUCGCCCAUCAGCCUCUCGCCCACCACGCCCUCGGCCAUGCACCGCAAGUUGCGCGGCAUCUACGCCGACGAGGCGGCCAUCGUGAUGCCGCUUGGCUACGAGGAGGCCGGUCGCUCGGCGCCCCGCCGGAAGGAGAAAAAGCACAAGCGCGACAAGAAAAAGAAGAACCGCGGCGGCGGCGGCGGCGGCGGCGGCGGCGGCGGCGGUGGUGGCGGCGGCGGCGACCUCAGCCCCGGCUCCAGCCUCAGCGGCAGCAAGAAGAAGAAGCGCAAGAGCAAACGCGCCUCGCGCUCGCUCAGCCCCGACGUCAUCGCCGCCGGCAACGAGCUGCUGCACUCGCAAGCGCUGGCCAACUGGCGGCUGGCCCACCCGGGGCCCUCGCCGCCCAUGAUGGCGCUCAAGGACAGCACCUCGCCCAUCUCGCCGGCCACUCCACCCAGGCGCGGCUCGCCCAGCGACAUGGAGCUCGAGUCACCGCCGCCGACCUCCUCGCACCACCACCAGGGCUCCGGUCGGCACGUCGACUCGCCGCACACGCCCCAGCUGCCGCCGCGCUCCGGUACCCCGGACAACCACCACAAGUCCAAGUCCGGCCACCACAGCCCGGAUUCCAGACACAAGUCCGGCUCGCACAUCAGCCCCAACCACCGGCGCAGACCUCACAGUCCGAGCAGCCCGCCCAGGCGCAGGGAUCACAGUCCUCCCCGACGGAGGGAUUACAGUCCUUCCAACCACGUGUCCUCGUCGUCGUCGAUGCACCGCAGCAGCAGACACAGCCCCAGUCCGCCGCGCAGGAGGGACUUCAGUCCCACCCCGUCGUCGCACAGGAGGAGUCGCGCGGACGAUAUGGUCGCGAGGUCGCCCAGGAGGAAGAGGGACGACUCGACCAGAAGGCACAGGCACCACGAGAGGGAUCGCAGGGACAAGAGGAAGUCCGCCAGGAGUCCUAGUGCCAGAAUGGGCCAUCUAUCUCGCUCGCGCUCUCGCAGUCCUCACAGCCGUUGGCGAAAGUCACGUUCUCGUUCGAGGUCCCGAAACCGGCGAACCCGCUCACCUAAGAGAUCUCGCUCACCGGCCAAAUCACACAAAUCAUCUCGCAAACGGCGCAGCAAGAGCCCGCGACUGCCACGCAUACCGUCGCCAGUGGGGCGUAACUUCAAUCGCAGAUCGCCAACUAGCAUAAUGGAGCGUAACCUCAAGUACCAGGCAAAGAUCAGCGAAACGAGUCUAUUUGCCGAACUCGUCAAGGAUCGGAACCUCAAAGAAUUAGCACUGAAGAAGCUGCAGGUAGCCAAGGAAAAAGCCAGUCAAGACGAAGUGCAGAUCAUUGAGGGUUCAGAUGAGAAAGAUAACAGUAAUGGCUCGUCGUCUGACCGUAUGAACGAGAAGUCAUCCACUGCUGCCACUACUCCGUGUGCCAGUCUGGAUCUCACCGUUGAUCUUGUGGAUAUCCCCGUGCCAACGAUGACUUCCGCCCCGUCUGUAAUACCGAUACACGCGCAUCUGCAAAGUCAAAGUCAGCUACAAGUACCUCCAACGAUGGUGCCACUGGUGUCUACGGUAGCCCCAACACCGGUGGCACUACAACCGGUGAAAGAAGAACCGUUAGCUCCUACAACUCCACCGUUGCCCGGUCCACUAACAACGAUGGUAGUGCCGCAACCGAAACUCGAAGUACCACCGUCAGCUGUGCACGCAAGUGCUGCUGUACCUGCUCAGAAUGUGCAUGUAUAUAAUUCACCGGCACUGGGCAAUGAUGCGCCAGUAACUGCUGUAAACACACCCACGAUUUUGGUCACAGGUGUGCAAACGCUGCCUCCUACGAUUCAACAACUUCCUUCGCUGCAACAACAGCAACUCGCUCAGCAACUUCCUCAGCUUCAACAGCAGCAACUCGCGCAACAACUUCCACAGCUUCAACAGCAUCAACUGCAACAGUUGCAGCAAUUGCAUCACCACCCUGAUGUGAAGCCAAUUCAAUCGAGUCUCGCUCAAGUGCCUGUCCUAGUGCCUGGUCCAGUUCCAGUUCCCCCUGUAACCACACCAAUUCACCCACAUCAUGUUCCUGCUUCAGCUCCGACUCCAACCCCUACCCCGGCUCCAGCUUCUACGCCAGCUCCGCCAUCUGCAGCUACUGCUUUCCCAUUGUCCACGGCAAUCGCCAAAUUUAGUACUCCUAACAACCUAGUGACUCUGAAGACUAACGAGCCACCGAAGCCCCCUCUUGUCUCUUUUACGAGUAAGAGUCUGGCCAAGCUACCAUUACCUCCGGGUAUCAAUCAGAACGAUUUAGAAAGCAUUGACUCACCGCCAAGCCGUUCGCCAACUCCACCUUACACUACUCAUACCCCAAAACAACAGCUAAAACCUCCUGUUUCCAUUACUUCCAAACCUACCACACCCAAGAGCGUUGCGCCCAAGUCUGUCACGACAAAGCCAAGUAACCAGAAAAAGGGCAUCAAAGAUUUGCCGCUGCCACCUGUUGUACCAGGUUCGGAAGAUCUCAGCGGAGAGGAAGACACAACCGCAACUCCACCACGUGUCAAGGUGGAAAAAAUACCGCCGAAACCUAAACUAAAGAGACCGAAGAUACUGAAAAGAAAAAACUCAAAAAAUAAUUCUCACAUGCCAAUGUCGGCUUCCGGUGGCAAAGAUUGGGGCGAGCGAUGCGUCGAUGUCUUUGAAGUGAUCGACCAAAUUGGCGAAGGUACUUAUGGACAAGUGUACAAGGCACAAGAUAAAUCUGCUGGUGUUAUUGUUGCUCUAAAGAAAGUUCGUCUGGAAAAUGAAAAGGAUGGUUUUCCCAUCACCGCUGUACGUGAAAUCAAAAUAUUGCGUCAGCUUAAUCAUAAGAAUAUUGUUAAUCUAAGGGAAAUCGUUACGGACAAGCAGGAUGCCGUUGAUUUUCGAAAGGACAAAGGAUCAUUUUACUUGGUUUUCGAGUAUAUGGAUCACGAUUUAAUGGGACUUCUAGAAUCUGGAAUGGUUGACUUUAAUGAAAUGAAUAACGCAAGCAUCAUGAAACAAUUACUGGAUGGCUUAAAUUACUGUCAUAGUAAAAAUUUCUUGCAUCGUGACAUCAAAUGUUCCAAUAUAUUAAUGAAUAACAAGGGCGAAGUCAAAUUAGCUGACUUCGGUUUGGCGAGACUUUGGAACGCCGAUGAUAAACAGCGACCUUAUACCAACAAAGUAAUUACUUUAUGGUAUAGGCCUCCCGAAUUAUUACUAGGAGAAGAACGUUAUGGGCCUGCUAUAGAUGUGUGGAGCUGUGGUUGUAUUUUAGGUGAACUUUUUUUGAAGAAACCACUAUUCCAGGCUAACGUAGAAAUGACGCAAUUAGAUAGCAUAUCCAAAGUUUGCGGAACACCAACGCCAGCAGUAUGGCCAUCUGUGAUAAAAUUGCCCUUAUGGCACACAUUGAAACCUAAAAAAACGUACAGGCGUCGGCUUCGCGAUGAUUUCAUAUUUAUGCCAGCAACAGCUUUAGAUUUACUUGAUAAAAUGUUGGAGCUAGAUCCCGAAAAACGUAUUACAGCUGCGGAUGCUUUAAAAAGUCCAUGGUUAAAGAACGUGCAACCAGACCAAAUGCAAUCCCCGGCACUGCCAACGUGGCAGGAUUGUCAUGAAUUGUGGAGUAAAAAGAGAAGACGCGAGUUGCGAGAGCAACAAGCAAGUUCCCAAGGUCGAAUGCCUUUAUCGGCUGUACCAAAUAGAAGCGGCAUACAAAGAACUAUUGAGGACCUAUCCGAUGUCGGAGGGUCAUCAAAGAGAUUAAAAAUAGAGGCAGGCUACUCUCAUCGAUAUAGUUCAGAAUCUCAUAUGGUUGGUGAAGGAUUAUUUGGGCAACCACCAGUUCCUUUUGCGUCAUCCCCUUAUAGUUAUGCUAGCCCUCCCUCAAUAAAGUCGAGAAAUAACCCACGAGAAGGAGCCUUUUAUCCAGAGUACGUAAAUGAAGAUACUCUUGCUCGCAAAUUAGGUAUUCUGACAGGGGCUCUAAAUCAAGGCAAACCAAUCUGCGUUGAAGACCUCAUGUCUCUUAAAGCAGAUAAUGAGACUGAUCCAAAAGCAGUGCAAUUGCUAGCAGAGUUGCAAACUGAAUUGCGACUAGCCAGCAGUACUCGACAAAGUGGAAUGUUUGAUCCUCACCAACCAGUGCUCAAUCCUCCAUUACAAGAUGCACCUUUUCCAGCUGGCAACAGCACCCAGAAAAGUAGCUUUGAUGCUCACGCGGUUUACGCAGGCGAUGACGCUGUGAGCUCUGGCAGGUGGUCUCAAAUAGCCACAGCUGGAAUAAAGAGCACGUUGUCCGCGUUAAUGUCGCGCUACAGCUUGGAAGCGUAUAAUCGACCACCAGAUUAGAAAAAUAAGCAUGUUACGAAGGUUAAAACCCACACGUACAAUCAUCACAGAGAUUAGAAUUAGAAGGACAAAGCAUAUAAAACAUCGUAGAAAUCCAUAAGUGGCUAAACAGCAAAUUUAAAUCCACUUCUU